UCCAUGAUCAGGCUGUGGCUAGCGGUCGGUUCUCCGUUUAACAAUAGAGAUAUUCCAAACAUUCUAGUGAUUGUGAUUACUUUUAUGCUAUUUCUACUACACACAAUGAUGAAUACUGCGAACCACUUGAUGUUGAUCUGCUUUAAGGCCUCGCCUGAGAAGUUCAAAAACAUCGGAAAGCAUACGGAUAGCAUUAUAUCUAUACUCAUGUCCACUUGUAUAGUAAUGAUAAUUUUUGAUUUUUUCAUUCCAAUCUGGCAACUAGAUAUGUUUGAGUAUAUUACUCUUCAUUCCCUUAUAUUUAUAUCAGGAUUUUGGAAUCACAUGCAUCUAACAGCAUUACCACAGCAGUGCGCAAUUAGAAAAGGAAUCGAAAUGUUCGCAAAUGCGGACAAAUGGGUUUUAUCUUACUGUUUUGCUUGGGGAUUAGCACCUAUUCAUAGAGAUAUGAUAGUUGCCAUGUUCUCAGAACCCAUGUGGAACCUGGAUUAUACGAAAUUUAAGAAGUUAGAAAAAGAUGGAAAAAUAAGACGAUUGUAUCGAGAUGGCGAAGAUGUCCUUCUUUAUUUUUGCUUCAAUUUCUGUGUUGCCAUCUUCUUAGGAGUUCGAGAUUAUUACGUGGUCCAAAUUCAAAUCCCGUUAAAUCCUGCGACAGCAUCAGCUGUAGAGCCAAUUGUCAAAGAAACAACGGUGAAUCGGUUACCAGAUGAACAAACUAACUAUCAGUCUCCAAUCGUAUGAAGCAAUGUUUAAGGCGGGAGACUCAUUUUUUCGAUCACAAUUCAAUGUAC